UUUGUACAACACUAGGUAACAAUGCGAUUUGUCUGCUACGCUAUAACGGACACGUUUCGAAUAUUCACUUUCAAACACGAGAGUUUUGUAGUCAACUCAUGUAUUUAGAAAAUGGCAAAACAGACAAUGGGAUGUAAAAACAAUCAUAUAGUGAAUAAUUAUGUUUAGAAACAUUCUUUUAUUUUUAAAGUCGACUUUUAUCACAAUUAUUAUGUAUUCACAAACGAUAAACACUCAAUUAUUUGCAUAAGGAUAAUUGUGGCUUUUAUGACGGACGAAGACAUGUGAUGGAAUAGCUUUAAAAAAACAACAGCACAUAUGUACACAUUUAAGAAGAAUUCGUUCAUUGGGUGUAAUAUUUGAUGAAUCACGAAUAUUGACAAAUAGCACAAUAAGUUAUUAAAGAAUAAACUAUUGCGUAUAUAAAUAUCCGGAUUUUUUAUUUGUUAUAUUUUCAUGUUUCAACAACGAACCGAAUUCGGUCUGUAUGCCGCGACAUAAGGCAACGUUGAAGUUGUAACCAUUUAUCAAUUAAACAUCGUCGAAAGAUCAAUGAUUUAGACUGGAUUAUCUAUGAGUGAAGAUGAAACAUGGCAUUUGAAAACGUAGUGAAACCAGUUAAAGAGAAUGGUGAGUGCUCUACUUCCGCCGGGCAUGACGUAUCGCUGGCGCCAAAAAGGGACAGAGAAUGUCGGGAUAUUCUGUUUCUGAUACUAUUUGCAGCAUUUAUGGGAGGCAUGGGCUAUGUGACCCAUCGCGCCGUUACCAUGGGAAACCCACGUCGCCUAAUUUACGGCAUGGACAGUUGGGGUAACAUAUGUAACCAGGACAACAGGGUCAUCAAGGACGUAAACCUAUCAAGAACCGGCCUUGACCUCACAGGAAAACAGUACUUAUACUACUUCAAUGACAACGUUUUUACGUCGGUGAUUGACACCGCAAGAGGUGCCAUUGGUUCCAUCAAAAUCUGCGUCUCCAAAUGUCCCAAUGAGAUAACGUCAGUGACGUCACUGAAGGCGUUUUCUGCGACGUCGAAGUCACAACUAUGCGUCUAUGGCGUCAAUACUUCAGAUUAUUUUGACGGCAAAGUUGACGGUUUGUCCGACUGUCCACACUUACCGAUUCAAGAUCAUGAGCCUUUUCUGUUCCGCUGCGUCCCGAAAGUGAUAGCUAAGAAGAUCGACCACGUGUUCGACGCCGUGAAGAGUCUCCUAGAUGUCAUAGAAGACGGCAUGAUAGAGAAAGGGACCAACGACAUCCAGAAUUCUUGGUUUGAAAUGUCGCUGCUCUGCGGACUAGCAGUUGCCGUUGCGUUGGUGUUGACGCUGCUCCUGCAGUUUAUGGCGUCUAUUAUCAUCUGGCUGAUGGUUGUCGUCAUGGUGAUGGGCGGACUGGCGGCCACGGCCAUGUGCUGGUACCACUACCACAGCGCCAAAGUAGCACGGCAUUUAACGGAUCCCGUGGAUCGAACCCCGGAGAUCGAUCGACGUGAGAGAGACUGGUUGAUAGCUUCAUGUGCAGUAACAGGAAUAACGGUUUUAGUUAUACUCGUCCUGUUGGCCGUUCGUAAACAUAUUAAGCUCGUGGUGGAGCUCUUCCGACAGGCUGGUAAAGCCACACGAUGUAUGCCCAGUCUGCUGGUAUUCCCAUUCAUCACUUUGAUAUUCCUUGGAAUCUUUUUUGGAGGAUUGGUUUACAUUUUUCUAUGUAUUGAAACAUCCGGUACACCAACCGUUGAGAACACUACCGGAUUUGUUGACAUGAAAGCAGACGAAAUUCUUAAGGUUUUAAAGUGGUACCACAUCUUCGGAAUCGUCUGGGUGACUCAGUUCAUAAUUGCUUGUCAUAAUUUAACCAUAGCCGGAGCUGUUUCAAUCUGGUAUUUUACGAGGAAUAAAGACCAACUCGGUUUUCCAGUCUUGCGAUCUAUAGGAAACAUCAUACGGUAUCAUAUUGGAUCGCUAGCGUUCGGAUCGUUGGUCAUCACCUUUGUGGUUGUAUUACGAAUGGUGCUUUCGUUCAUUGAAAAUAGGUUACGAUCGAAGACGCAUCCGAUCGCCCUGUUCCUGCUGAAGUGUCUGAAAUGCUGUCUGUGGUGCUUUGAACAGUUUUUGAAAUUCUUGAGUAACAACGCCUACAUAGAAAUAGCCAUCCACGGCUACGGUUUUUGCAAAGCGGCCCGUCAAGCGUUUCACGUGAUUGUUGACAACGUUCUUCGAGUCGCCGCCAUUAACUCCGUCGGGGUUUUUGUACUUUUUCUCGGCAAACUGGCAACAGUUGCCAUUGUAACUGUUGCUGGUAUUGAGUUUAUAUCGGUGCGGAAGAACAUCAACUUUGUUUGGCUCCCUGUAUUAUUAACGGCGAUAUUCGCGUACUUCAUCGCGAGCUGCUUCAUGUCUGUAUAUGAGAUGACGAUUGACACCAUUUUUAUUUGUUUCUGUGAAGACUCGCUGAUGAACGACGGAGACACGCGUCCGUACUUUAUGAGCAUUGGACUCCAGAAAUGCAUUACGUCUAGACUGGAAACAAACAGACCAACACGUGUAGAAAAGAUAAAUAUAAACGUUGAAAAUGGCAAAAAGGAAUAAGCAAUGAAACCUUUCGGUGGCAUAAUUGGUUGACAAAGACUAUAGUUUAUAAGAUAGGGACAUGCUAUAGCAUUUUACGAUAACUCUUUACGAUAACUAUAGUGGGGGACAUAUUGUUUUUGCCCUGUCUGUUGCUUUGUUUGUUUGUGUGUUUGUUUGUUUGUUUGCGUCAAACUGUAACAUUUUGCCUUAAAUAUCCUUAAAGGAGCCGUCCAACAGAUUUUGGCAUGUAUUGAAGCAUGUUAUUAAAUGCUUUAUAUUGAUAAAUUUCAACAUUUUACCUAAAAAUAUUAAGUAAAAAAAAACAAGAAUACAUUUUUUUUAAAGGAAAAAAAGUAACCCUCAACAGGGCUCGAACCGCUGACCUCUGGAGUCCUGGAGUAAAAAGUCUGCCGCCUGGACCGCUCGACCAUCCAUGCUCAUACUUAGAGCGGAUGUAUUUUUUUCCUAUACAAGCAAUCCUCGUAGUUUACCAAAAUAUAACUACAACAACAGAGCUUUCCAAAUUAUUCAAUCGUUUCGCGUCGCAAGACGCAUUAUAAUUUUCAGGUUUUAAAAUCGUCAAAAGAUGCAUAUAAUGGAUAUUUAAGAGCAUGGUAAAUGGCCAGUAUUACCAUUUCCUCAAAAAUAUCAUAACAAAAACGAAAAUUUGCGAAUCUGAAACAAUUUUUUUUUAUUUUGUCAUUUUACCAAUCUGUUGGACGGCCCCUUUAAAUGUGUGUCAAUGACGUAAAUCAAUUUAUUACGGCUUCUUUUAUGUGUAACACGAUACCAUGAAAUGUUGCAUUCAUUUAGGGUGUUGCGGCAGUUCAUUUAUCCGAGGAUAUAUUUAUAGCAACACCGAUGAUGCUAUUAUCACAACUCAAUAGUUUUGUUAUCAAUAUCAUCAAAAAUGACCGAGUUGGUUCAAAAUAUAAUUGUCAAUGGUUCGAUCCCAGGUGGGGUCAACUUUUAAAAUUACUUUUUUUACUUUCUUUUAUUCCAUUCUUGAUUUAUACUGGAGCUCUUAAGUCCUGUUGUUUACAUUUAUCAAUUUAAAGCAAUUAAUCACAAACUUCAAAACAUGCCGAAAUCUGUGAAGUAGUUAGUACAUGCAAGUUAUUAAUGAUUAAGGUCGAGUUUGAUACUGUAUGGUAUUAUGUUUGUGAUUAAAUAUUGUCGUUUACAAAUGUCUUUUGGUUAGCUGCUGUGAUCCCAGUUAAGAUUGUAAACAAUUUCUUAUGUUUAUGCAUAUUCCUAACAAUCUAUGUACCGUUUCUUGGGUUUUUCCUCUGUAUUUUAUGAAAUUUGACGUUGACGGUAGGGAUAGUUAAAACAAAAAAUCUCUGUUAAAAGUGCGGUGACCCCCCUUUUUUGUUUGUGUUUUAUGACGACCAUACGUAGAUGAACAUAUUUGAGCAGUUUCGCAGAAUUCUAUUAGACAGAAAAAAAAAAUCCAUUUAUGUGGUUACAAUAGUAAACAAAUGACGUUUUUUUUGGGUGACAUAAAAAUUAUAAAAAAUAAAUUUCUUAAAAUUUAACUUGUGUACUCCAUUUUAUUGGUAGUGUGUGGUUUAAUUAAAUGGUAUAUGAUGUAUCUUAGCUGAUAUAAUAUCUACAUGUUGACAAUUGUAUAGGUUAUUAAUUAUUUUACGCAUUUAGAGAUUUUUCAUUUUUAUUAAAAAAGUACAUGUUAUAUAAUGGUGAUUAAAAUAAAAACAAGGCCGGUGACCCUAUGCUUUUAUUUCAUUUUUCAUAUGGUAUUUGUAUAUAUAUAUCUUAAAUAUAAAUUUUGGACAAAAUCUAUUAGAUGGAAACAAAAUCAGCAAUACCCCUUAACGCAUUCAGAUGAUGUUAUCACGUGAUAGUCAAGAUGGCGACGUCCAUGCCGAGACAGUUAUUGUUCGCCGUUUUAUACCCUUAGUAAUACGACUGGUAUAUAACAUUACUUGAAAAAAUGUUGAUAUUAUCAGUAUAUUCGGUAAUAAUAUUUCGCGAUGUGCAAUCGAAAGUACAUCGCGAAAAUAUGUGACAAAACGAUAUACACACUAUAAAUAACGCAAGUAUAUUGAUCAUUUUAUAGAUAAACUAUAUACGAUUCAAUACGUAUGCACAAUUUGCAUUCGUGGGUUUACCGCGUGAUGAUUAUGAUCAAUCUACUGGCGUUUAGUGGUAGUUAACUUGUACCGAUACCUAGUAAAAUUUAUUACCAAAUAUACUGAAAAUAUGAAAACUUAACAACUUUUCUCAAGUAAUGUAAUUUAACAGUCGUGAUAUUUUAAGCAAUACUAUGAUUACAGGUGCUACCUAAUUUACGGGAAAAGCUUUUUAAGUUUAUUGAUAACCAUGUAUUUUUAAUAAAUAUAUAGACAUUAUUGUGUUCAAAAUAUUAUAAUUGUUUCAAUAAUAAAGUAAUGCAUAAAAAUCAAUAUUUAAACAAGUAACAUGCUUGAAGAUCUAGCAUCUUAUAAUUUUGUGUUUUCUACCCGCCGGAAUUUAAAGCUGGUUCGGUGGCUGCGGUAUAGUGGAUAGGGCGUCUGCUUACUGGCUUAGUCACUUAGGGGUCUCUGUAUUGAUCCCUUAAGUGGGGGCAUUCUUUAGAUAACCCUAAAGACACUAAGUACUGGUCCUACCCAGGAAACAGUUUGUUUUAUCAAACGUCUUAAUUCAACACUGAUUUAACAUAAUCAAAAUCAUGUGAUGUGUCAAAUCAAUUUUAGUUGACAAAUUUUACAGGAUUUUUUUUUAAUCCGAUAAGUUUUAGACUGUCAGUUUACACACACUAAGUAUUGAAAGCCAUACCUGGAAUUUCGUCCGUGUACUACGGACAUCAUCAGCAGAAUGAAUAUCUAUUGUUGGGAAACGUUAACACCGCUAAUUGUCUUUUUCUUAUUAUCAAUGUGUAAUUAUGUGUAACAGCAUGACGGCAUACUUGUUUUGCAAUAAAAAUAUUUGAUAAAUA